GUCGCAUGCGCGCUCCGAGCGUUUUUUUCCCUAGCAGCUCGUGAGGUAUUGAUAUGCAGCCGUUCUCCAGUGCAGCAUCCGCCAUAUUGUCUACCAGGAGACGCCGAGAGCAUCUGGAGGGCCAUGAGGAAUGACUUAUAGGAUUGCUGUGUCUCCUGAAUAAGCUCCUGGAUGUCCUCUUUCAUUCAAAUUACAAUCAGCCUAUGCUCCACCAUAAAGUCAUCACACCUGCCUUCAUCAGCUCCACCUUUCAUUUGCUGCUUGGAGGAACCCUCCAAGGUGUUUCAGGGAAUACCUUGUGUAGAAUAUGUCUGGCCCUGUCCCAAGUCGCUCUCGAGUUUACCCUGAUGUAAACACACAGCGACCCAGAGAGUACUGGGACUAUGAAUCCCAUGUGGUGGACUGGGGAAAUCAGGAUGACUAUCAGUUAGUGCGAAAGCUUGGCCGGGGAAAAUACAGUGAAGUAUUUGAAGCCAUAAACAUCACUAACAAUGAGAAAGUAGUUGUCAAAAUACUCAAGCCAGUGAAAAAGAAGAAAAUUAAACGAGAAAUAAAAAUUCUGGAGAACUUGAGAGGAGGCCCCAACAUAAUAACCCUUUUAGACAUCAUAAAGGAUCCUGUGUCCCGAACACCAGCGCUGGUUUUUGAGCAUGUUAACAACACGGACUUCAAGCAACUGUAUCAAACUUUAUCAGACUAUGACAUCCGUUUCUACAUGUAUGAAAUUCUUAAGGCUCUCGACUACUGCCACAGUAUGGGAAUAAUGCACAGAGACGUAAAGCCACACAAUGUCAUGAUUGACCAUGAGCACAGAAAGCUUCGUUUGAUUGAUUGGGGCUUGGCUGAGUUUUACCACCCCAACCAGGAGUACAAUGUACGUGUGGCUUCCCGAUAUUUUAAAGGCCCUGAACUACUUGUGGACUACCAGAUGUAUGACUACAGUUUGGAUAUGUGGAGUCUUGGAUGCAUGCUGGCCAGUAUGAUCUUCAGGAAGGAACCAUUUUUCCAUGGACAUGACAACUAUGAUCAGUUGGUUCGAAUUGCAAAGGUUCUGGGUACAGAGGACCUGUAUGACUACAUCGACAAAUAUAACAUUGAGCUGGACCCACGCUUUAAUGACAUUUUGGGCAGACACUCCAGGAAGAGAUGGGAACGGUUUGUGCACAGUGAGAACCAGCACCUGGUCAGUACUGAGGCUCUGGAUUUUCUGGAUAAGCUGCUACGUUAUGACCACCAGGCCCGACUGACAGCCCGCGAGGCCAUGGACCACCCUUACUUCUAUCCUAUAGUUAAAGACCAGGGCAGAGGAGCACCAGCUGCAGGAAUGGCUGCUAGUUCCACACCAGUCAGCUCUUCUAGCUUGAUGGCAGGCAUCGCCUCUAUGACUCCGAGCACACAGCCCAACAUCGGCAACAUCAGCGCCGGCUCGCCUGUCAUCCCUGCCCCGAACACAAUGGCCACACAAGUGCCCACUGCCGCUGGAGCCCAGCCCUGAACACCACCUGCCCCAACAUCCCCCCUCUCUUUCUCACAUCCCUCUAUCCGUCUCUCUCUCUCUCUCUCUUCUAUGGGCCUGCUUGGAAUUGUGAAUCAGUGGUGAGGGGGUGGGGGGGCAUUGAUUUCAUUUGUGGUUAUUUUUACGAUGUUGCAAAUAACACAGAACUAAUGUUAAGUUACGUUUUAUUUUGUUUUCCUCCUCAGUUGUUUAGGGGUUUGUGAACUCAAAGAAACCCAUGAUGUUUUUGCACCUGUCUGUGUGAGUUAGAAAAGCAAACGGGUGUGAGUUUUCACUCGCCGUUGACUGUUUAGAGAAACACUUAAAUGUCCACCUGAAGAAGGAUAAUAAAAUUAAUUUUAUUUGUC